CGCGCCGUUCCAAUUUUUCAAUUUCGGCAUUAGAUUUUCCCUCUUCUUUCCUAGUCUCUUCUCACCCCCUUUUUAACCCCGAAACCCUCCUUCAGCGUACAGCGUACUCUCAUUGCCUGUCGAUUUCGAAGUAUACUACUGCUACUACUAGAGAUACUAUCUAUCUAUACCUGUGGAAAUGGCCGGCGGCGGAGCAUCUGGAAAGUCUUCUAACGCACCCAGAGCGAGGAAGAGGGUGGAGGUCGAUUCAAAUGAAUCUCCUUCUUCUUCAAACCAUAGCCUCAAGCGCGCCAAGAAUGGCAGUGCCUUUACUCGUUGUGAUGAAUGCAACAAGGAUGUUCCUGUAGCUUUGAUUAGUUUCCACAACUGUAGUCUGGAUGCCCAGAUCAAGAUGAAUUUGGAAGCUCAGGUAAUUGAGAUGCCUGCUGAGGUCAAGAAAAAGCCAGCUACAAGGAAAAAAACAAGUUCAACUGAAUCAAAGUCCAAAAAGUCCAAGGAUCCAAAUGCACCAAAGCGCCCUCCCACUGCCUUCUUUGUUUUCAUGCAAGAUUUUAGAAAGACUUAUAAGGAAGAGAAUCCUGAUAAUAAGAAGUCCUCUAUGGUUGCCAAAGAGGGUGGUGAGAAAUGGAACUCAUUGACAGAUGAUGAGAAGAAACCAUAUAUUGAAAGAGCUGCUGAGCUCAAAGCAGAAUAUGAGAAGCUCCUCGAAGCUCACAAUGCUGCUGAACAUGAAGAUGAUGGAGAAGAAUCUGAUCAGGAGGUAAAGGAGACUGAAGUGGAAGAGAUUGAAGAGGAGGAAGACUAGUACACUUGCCAUUGCUUUUGUAGUCGCAUGUUCUUCUGCAUUGUUAAAAUUUUAUUGUUUUUGGAGUGCUGUAAAUGACCUUAGGUCAACUAUGCUUAGUAGCCAUUCAAGUAAUUGUGGUAUUUUCCUCUGAUCUCCACAUUACAUCCUAGUUUAUUUACUUUUGCUAAUGCUCAAUUAAUAUGAUGUGCAAGCCAACUUAGUCACAGGUGACUACAUGUAUAUCCACUCUUAUGAAGUGAUCUGCUUAAGAUUGUUGAGUUUACUCUGAGUUGUGAUUCAUCACAAAUAAUCAUAUCCAAAAGAGCAAAGAAACAGUCAUUUUAUGAUGUCUUCUAC